AUAGGGGUCCGGGGUAGACCGGGACCUUGAACAGGUGGAGAUCCGGCAAGACGCUGCGGUGUAGACAGGGGGCUGGCGAUGGCAGAAAAGAUUGGGAAGGUCGGGAUGCAGGUUUGAGAGGGUAAUUCCGGGGGCAGCCAGGAGGUGAGUGCCGUGAGAGCGUCCAUCUGCUCGGGUGUGUAGAACCAGGAGCUGCCAGAGUUCAGCGGGUGGGCUGGGGCAGCCGCCAGCGGCGCACCGGGAGUGGGGCUGCAGGGCAACGGGGCUAUGUUGUGAGGAGGGGUGUGUGUGAGCUUGGAUAUUUUCCAAGAAAACUGAGGACAGAUGGGGGGCGAUGACGGAGCCAACCCAGGAUGCAGUUCCCAAUUUGGACCCCUCCGCGAGACCCCACCCCACCACACCCCCACUCUGGGCUGCCUCCGAGCCAGCAGUUGUCAUGGCAACCCGUGCCCGGCUCUCCCAUGGGCGGUGCCAACCCUGCUCCCCCCCACCACUUCCUUCCCCCUCGCUCCCUGUCCCUCCCUCCUUUGUGUCAGCUGCGCCCCUGACCGGGAUGGCUGCGAAGAGGGGGACCAAGACAAGCAUGAAGAACAUGGAGAAGGAACUGCUGUGCCCAGUGUGUCAAGAGACGUACAAGCAGCCAUUAGUGCUGCCCUGUACCCACAACGUGUGCCAGGCCUGUGCCCGCGAGGUGCUGGGCCAGCAGGGCUAUGUAGGCCAUGGUGGGGACCCCAGCUCGGAACCCACCUCUCCUGCCUCCACCCCUUCCACCCGAAGUCCCCGCCUCUCCCGCAGAACUCUCCCCAAACCAGACCGCUUGGACCGGCUGCUUAAGUCAGGCUUUGGGACAUACCCUGGGCGGAAGCGAGGCACUCUGCACCCCCAGGUGAUCAUGUUCCCGUGCCCAGCCUGCCAGUGUGAUGUGGAGCUGGGAGAACGGGGCCUGGCAGGGCUGUUCCGGAAUCUGACCCUGGAGCGUGUGGUGGAGCGGUAUCGCCAGAGUGUGAGUGUGGGUGGCGCCAUCCUGUGCCAGCUGUGCAAGCCCCCACCACUAGAGGCCACCAAGGGCUGCACCGAGUGCCGCGCUACCUUCUGCAACGAGUGCUUCAAGCUCUUCCACCCCUGGGGCACCCAGAAGGCCCAGCAUGAACCCACCUUACCCACCCUCUCCUUCCGCCCCAAGGGCCUCAUGUGCCCAGACCACAAGGAGGAGGUGUCCCACUAUUGCAAGACAUGCCAACGGCUGGUAUGCCAACUCUGCCGAGUGAGGCGCACCCACAGCGGGCACAAGAUCACACCUGUGCUCAGCGCCUACCAGGCCCUCAAGGACAAACUGACAAAGAGCCUGACAUACAUCCUGGGAAACCAGGACACAGUACAGACCCAGAUCUGUGAGCUUGAGGAGACCGUAAGGCACACUGAGGUGAGUGGUCAGCAGGCCAAGGAGGAAGUGUCCCAGCUGGUGCGGGGGCUGGGGGCUCUGCUGGAGGAGAAGCGGGCAUCGCUGCUUCAGGCCAUUGAGGAAUGCCAGCAGGAGCGGCUGGCCCAUCUCAGCGCCCAGAUCCAGGAGCACCGGAGCCUGCUGGAUGGCUCAGGGCUAGUGGGCUAUGCCCAGGAGGUUCUUAAGGAAACAGACCAGCCUUGCUUUGUGCAAGCAGCCAAGCAGCUGCACAACAGGAUUGCCCGAGCCACAGAGGCCCUCCAGACCUACCGGCCGGCUGCCAGCUCCUCCUUCCGCCAUUGCCAGCUGGACGUAGGGCGUGAAAUGAAGCUGCUGACAGAGCUGAACUUCUUGCGAGUGCCUGAGGCUCCCGUCAUUGACACCCAGCGCACCUUUGCCUACGACCAGAUCUUCCUGUGCUGGCGGCUGCCCCCCCACUCGCCACCUGCCUGGCACUACACCAUUGAGUUUCGGCGCACAGAUGUGCCUGCCCAGCCAGGCCCCACCCGCUGGCAGCGGCGGGAGGAAGUGAGGGGUACCAGCGCCCUGCUUGAGAACCCUGACACAGGCUCGGUGUACGUGUUGCGUGUCCGUGGCUGCAACAAGGCCGGCUAUGGCGAGUAUAGUGAGGACGUGCAUCUGCACACACCUCCAGCACCUGGUGAGUGGGCAGGUGGUGGGCACAACAUGGCCUGGGAAGGGCACAGGACAUGCUGGGACCCAGGCACUAAUAGCUGGUGCCAGAUGGGCACUGGAGAGAUAGUAUCACAUAGUGGGUCACACUCACCAGCUCUGGAGCUAGAGUGCCCGGGUUCAAAUCCCAGCUCUGCAUCUUGCCAGCUGUGUGGCUUUGGGCGAAUCAUUCACCCUUUUGAACUUCAAGUUCCCCUUCUGUAGGGAUAAUGGCAAUGCUUCUUUCAUAGGGUGUGGUGAGAAUUAAGUGAGAUGAUAGGUGUAAAGUCUUAGCAGAGUUUCUGGCUCAUAGCAAGGGCUCAAUAAAUGUUAGGAAAGCGACUUUCCAAA